CAAAAAAAAAAUGUAGUGAAGAAGUGGCAUGGAAUCGCCUGACAUAUGCAGGUGUUGCACAACAGCAGAACAAGUCAACAGUCCCAGGCUCCCAGCCUUAUCCCUCUUCAGAUCCCCGAUCGCCCUGCCUCCCAGCCGAGCAUCGAACUCACCAUGGCUCCCACCUCGGUCUCGCCGCCGCCGCUCCGUCCUCCCAAAGCCAACACGCAGAAGUACAAUAUCGCGUUGUGCCAGCUCUUGGUCUCACCGGAUAAGGAAGAGAACAUCGCCCGUGCGCGCGCCCGCGUCGAGGCCGCCGCGGACGCCGGCGCCAUGCUCAUCGUCAUGCCGGAAAUAUGGAGCUGUCCCUACUCAAUGGAGACCCUGCCAAGCUACGCCGAAGACAUAGACGGCGGAGGAUCACCGUCGAUCUCGAUGCUGUCCGAGGUCGCUGCUGCCAGAAAGAUCACCAUUGUAGGCGGAUCGAUACCAGAGAAGGCGUCUGGGAAGGUGUUCAACACCUGCUGUGUCGUCGGACCAGAUGGACAGAUAUUGGCCAAACAUCGAAAACUGCAUUUGUUUGAGAUUAACAUCCCAGGAGACAUCAGGCUCAAGGAGUCUGAUACAUUCACAGGUGGACAGGAACCUACAGUAGUUGACACAGAUGUCGGACGGAUUGGCAUAGGGAUAUGUCAUGACAUUCGGUUCCCAGAACUAGCGAUGCUGUACAGAUCAAGAGGCGCGCAUCUGAUAUGUUAUCCUUCUGCAUUCAACAUGAGCACUGGGGAGCUCCUGUGGGACCUCAUGCAAAAAUCCAGGGCUGUUGACAAUCAGCUGUUUGUAGCAACCUGCUCGCCGGCGCGAGACCCUAACUCGAAGUCGGAUUUCAUGAUCUGGGGCCAUUCGAGCCUCAUUGGACCGUUUGGGGAAGUGCUCGCAGCAGCUGGGCACGAGGAAGCGACCGCCAUCGGCGAGAUCGACCUCUCCAUGAUACAAUCUACAAGGGAGAACCUCCCGUUGGAGAUGCAGAGCAGAGGAGACCUGUACCGAUUGGUGGAUGUGCAGAGGCAGAGAGAGCCUGCAACUGCAAGCAACGGCGCUGGGCGAUUGGAGGGCGAAGACGCUCUGGUCAAUGACACCGUGCUCUGAGCUGUGCUGCAAGCAAGAUGCCUUCCUAGUCCCUGGUGUAACACGGACGUACGACCGUCACAACCAAACAUGUCGGUGUCUAUAGAAUCUGAUCUCCGAUGCCAAAAACAUGUUUUUGAGGCUGCGCUGUAUCAAAAUCUCUAAACUGAACUCUGUUGCAUACUUGACAGAUGUGCCAAGUGCCAUGUCCCAGCAGA